ACCAUGGGAUAAGAUUUGAGUUAUUAUUAAUAAAGAUAUUACCAAAACAGAGCAUUAUCAAACUAAACCAAAAAAGAAGAAAAUGGCAAUCUCUUUGCUCUGUCUUUUUCUCAUCACCUUCGUUUCUUUAUUCCUUAUCGGCAAGAAGAUCAAAGGCUCUAAAUGGAAUCUUCCUCCAAGCCCUCCUAAGUUACCGGUCAUCGGAAACUUACAUCAACUUGGGGAACAGCCUCACAGAUCACUUCAACGUCUCGCCAAAAGAACCGGACAUGUUAUGCUUCUCCACUUAGGGUUUGUCCCUGUAAUUGUUAUCUCAUCGAAAGAAGGAGCUGAAGAAGUGCUUAGAACUCAUGACCUAGACUGUUGCAGCAGGCCUAAGCUUUUCGGGUGGAGGCUAAUCUCUCGUGGUUUUAAAGAUAUCGGCUCUACGCCAUACGGCCGAGAGUGGAGAGAGCGGCGAAAGUUUACGGUGAGCGAGUUUUUCAGUUUUAAAAAGGUUCAGUCUUUUGGGUAUAUCAGAGAGGAAGAAUGUAACUUUCUGGUCAAGAAAGUGUCGGAAUCAGCUGUGGAUCAAUCUCCGGUCGAUUUGAGUAAAGCCCUUUUCUGGCUAACAUCAAGUAUCCUGUUUAGAGUUGCUUUUGGACAGAGCUUCCACGAGAGCGAGUUCAUCGAUCAAGAAAAGAUCGAAGAGCUCAUCUUCGAAGGGGAAGAAGCUCAGGCUAGUUUCACUUUCUCUGAUUCGUUUCCUAUUGCCGGACUUGGAUGGCUUGGUGAUUGGAUUUCGGGGCAACACAAGAGGUUAAAAGAUGUCUUCUUCAAGAUCGAUGCCUUGUUUCAACAUGUGAUUGAUGAUCAUUUGAAACCUGGCCGAUCGAAAGAUAACAGAGAUAUCGUCGAUCUAAUGUUGGAUGUGAUGCAUAAACAAGGUGAAGAUGAUUCUUUGAAGCUCACAAUAGAUCAUAUUAAGGGGAUUCUCACGAAUAUAUUUAUGGCAGGGAUAGACACAGGUGCUAUUACCAUGAUAUGGGCAAUGACGGAGCUCGCUAGAAACCCGGAAGUGAUGAAGAAAGUUCAAGGCGAGAUCCGAGACCGUCUUGGCAACGAUAAGGAGAGAAUCACCAACGAAGAUGUCGACAAAGUUCCUUUCUUGAACAUGGUUAUCAAGGAAACAUUCAGAUUACACCCAGCAGCACCUCUUCUGCUCCCAAGGGAAACAAUGACUCACAUCAAGAUUCAGGGAUAUGAUAUUCCUCCAAAGAGACGGAUCUUGGUGAACGCUUGGGCGAUAGGAAGAGAUCCAAAAUACUGGACAAACCCGGAAGAGUUUAACCCGGAGAGGUUUAUCGAUAGCCCUGUUGAUUAUAAAGGGAAACAUUUCGAGCUCUUACCGUUUGGGUCUGGUAGAAGGAUAUGUCCCGGUAUAGCAAUGGCGAUAGCUACUGUGGAAUUGGGACUCUUGAACUUACUUUACUUCUUCGAUUGGAGAGUACCUGAUGGGAUGACACAUGAAGACAUCGAUACGGAAGAAGCUGGUAGUCUUACAGUCGUCAAGAAAGUGCCUCUGAAGCUCGUCCCAGUUCGAGUUCAGUGAUUGCACCAAACUCUAAACUUUAAAGAUGUUUUUGAUAAAAUAUAUUAUGCAAAUCCUCUAUGUUUUGUUUUGUAUACGAUUUGUUGGUUAUGCACCACAAACACUAAGCUUUGAAGAUUUGCUGGUUAUGUAGAUAUUGUAUGAAAAGUAAGGCUCAUGGACCAAGAUUUUCUCGUUCCUUGGUU